UUCCCUGGCUUAUAAACCACUUUUUCUUUCUUUUCUUCCAAAACACCUCUCACUCUCAGUCACCAAACACACGCCUCUGCCCGCUCCUCCACGCGCACUUCCCCUCGCGCUGUGAGACCAUGGACGCGACCACCGCCAAGCGCAAGCGCCCCGCCACCGACAUCACCGGCGAAGACUCCGCUCCCGCCGCCGUCACCGUCGACGAGGUCUCCGACGCGGAGGUCGAGGAGUUCUACGCCAUCCUCCGCCGCAUGCGCGAUGCCUCCCGCCGCCUCUGCGGCGCCGGCGCCCGGCCUUCCCUGCGCGCCCCGGCGUGGCGGCCCAGCUUCUCCUGGGAGGACUUCGCCCCCGCGCCUGCGCCGCCGCGGCCGGACGAGCGCGUCCCCGAGAACGGCGCGGCGGCGCGGCGCGCGGGCCUCGACCUGAACGCCGAGCCGGAGCCCGAUACCCCGGCCCUGGCGUAGCGCACCGCACGGCACCUCCACCGCCGAAGAGACGACGCGUGGCGCGUGACGCGGGCCAUCAACACAUGCGGAUGCGUCGUUGUCUGGUUGGCUGGUGGCCGGUGAUCUCACCGGACGGUGCUCAACUGCUCACCAUCCAUGCCGUGCGUACCCCUACUGAUCGAUUAGCUCAUGUAAUCGGUAUGCGUAAUUAGAUGUCUCUCCCUUUCUUCUCUGUGGACAGGUGAGGCUGGCUAAUCAAUCACUUGUAGGAAGACUUAAUCGGAGUAAUUAAUGUACCGCCCGACAAUGAAAUGUUCAGUUACUUAUU